AUGGGUAUCUUCAACAAAAAGAAGCCCGGCGCUGAUGCGCUGGCCGCCGCUCAGGAGGAGGCUCCCGAGUUCGAGAAGGUCCAAUGGACCAGAGAUCCCGGCCUCCGCAAGCUCUAUUUCUAUGCCUUCGUCUUGUGUAUUGCGUCGGCGACCACUGGUUACGAUGGUAUGUUCUUCGGUUCCGUCCAGAACUUCGAAACCUGGAAGGCGUACUUCAACGACCCCCAGGGCUCUAUGCUCGGCCUGCUUGGUGCCCUCUACCAGAUUGGUAGCUUGGUUUCCAUCCCUCUCGUCCCCAUCCUGGCUGAUAGUGUUGGCCGUAAGCUCCCUAUCGCCAUCGGCUGCGUUAUCAUGGUUGUCGGCGCCGUUCUCCAGGCCUGCUGCCAGAACUUGGGUACCUUUAUGGGCGGUCGUGCGCUGCUCGGUUUCGGCAACUCGCUCGCUCAGAUCUGCUCCCCCAUGCUUCUCACCGAGAUUGCCCACCCCCAGCAUCGUGGUCGCCUCACGACCGUCUACAACUGCCUCUGGAACGUCGGCGCCUUGGUCGUCGCUUGGAUCUCGUUCGGCACCAACUUCAUUCCGACCGACUGGUCGUGGCGUAUUCCGGCCUUGCUCCAGGCCGUUCCCUCCGUCAUCCAGCUGGCCUUCAUCUUCUGGGUGCCCGAGUCGCCUCGUUACCUGAUGGCCAAGGACAAGCACGACAAGGCUCUCCAGAUGCUCGCCAAGUACCACGCCAACGGUGACGAGAACAACGCCACCGUCCAGUUCGAGUACCGCGAGAUCAAGGAGACGCUCCGCCUCGAGUUCGAGUAUUCCAAGACCAGCAGUUAUAUGGACUUCUUCAAGACCAGGGGCAACCGCUACCGAUUCUUCGUCCUCAUCUCUCUCGGCAUCUUCUCACAGUGGUCGGGUAACGCCAUUAUCUCCAACUACUCUAGCAAGCUGUACGACAGUGCCGGUAUCACCAACGCGACUCAGAAGCUCGGUCUCUCGGCUGGCCAGAUGUGCCUCGCUCUCGUCGUUUCCAUCACCAUGGCUCUGCUCGUCGACAAGGUCGGUCGUCGGCCCAUGUUCCUCGCCUCCACUUGCGGCAUGUUCGGCACCUUCAUCUUCUGGACCCUCACCUCUGGCCUCUACGACGAGCGCCAAGCUCCCGGUGCCAACUACGGCAUGAUCUUCUUCAUCUGGGUUCACGGCGUCUUCUACUCGCUCGCCUGGUCUGGUCUGCUCGUCGGUUAUGCCAUUGAGAUCCUGCCGUACAAGCUCCGUGCCAAGGGUCUCAUGAUCAUGAACUUGACUGUCCAGUGCGCCCUGACCCUCAACACCUACGCCAACCCUCUUGCCUUCGACCACUUCGAGGGCCACACCUGGAAGCUCUACCUCAUCUACACUUGCUGGCUGUUCCUCGAAGUCUCAUUCGUCUUCAAGAUGUACAUCGAGACCAAGGGCCCCACCCUCGAAGAGCUCGUCAAGAUCAUCGAUGGCGACCAGGCCGCUGUCGCCCACGUCGACAUCCACCAGGUCGAGAAGGAGACACACAUCAGCGAGGAGAAGUCUGUCUAA